GCAGCGAGCAGGGCGGCCCCAUGGCCGGGCCCCCCUGAGGCAGUCCGGGGGACUCCUCUCCCCUCCCCAGCUCGGGGGUCUCGGGGCCCCAUGAGCCGGGGCGCGGGCGCGCUUCAGCGCCGGACAACGACCUACCUCAUCUCGCUGACCCUGGUCAAGCUCGAGUCGGUGCCUCCGCCGCCGCCUUCUCCGUCUGCGGCCGCAGCGGGCGCCCCCGGGACCAGAGGUGCGGAGACCGGGGAUCCUGGCAGCCCCCGAGGCGCGGAGGAGCCGGGCAAGAAGCGGCAUGAGCGUCUCUUCCACCGGCAGGAUGCGCUGUGGAUCAGCACAAGCAGCGCGGGCGCCGGGGGCGCCGAGGGCGCCGAGACCCCCGCCCUGUCCCCGGCUCCCGCCAGUCCGGCCCGCCCCGUCUCCCCCGCUCCCGGCCGCCGCCUCUCCCUCUGGGCCGCCCCUCCGGGGCCCCCGCUUUCCGGGGGGCUGAGCCCCGACCCCAAGCCCGGAGCUGGCCCCACCUCCACCCGGCGCCCCCUGCUCAGCAGCCCGAGCUGGGGGGGCCCAGAGCCUGAAGGCCGGGCGGGAGGCGGCGUCCCCGGCUCGUCUUCCCCGCACCCGGGCACUGGCACCCGGAGGCUUAAGGUGGCGCCUCCUCCACCGGCUCCCAAGCCUUGCAAGACCGUGACCACGAGUGGCGCCAAAGCCGGCGGGGGCAAGGGCGCGGGUAGCCGCCUGUCGUGGCCCGAAAGCGAGGGCAAGCCUAAGGUCAAGGGGUCAAAGAGCAGCGCCGGGACUGGAGCUGCUGCCGCUGCCGCUGCCGGGGCAGGGGGAGCUGCAGCCACGACCUCUGGUGGAGUCGGGGCUGGGCCCGGAGCCCGAGGGAAGCUGUCCCCUCGGAAAGGCAAGAGUAAGACCUUGGACAACAGUGACUUGCACCCGGGACCACCUGCGGGCUCUCCUCCUCCAUUAACCAUCCCAGCAACCCCGGCUCCAGCCACUAUUGUCACCGCCGCCUCCGCGCAGCCAACUGGGCCUGCACCUCCAAUCACUCUGGAGCCUCCAGCUCCGGGGCUGAAACGGGGCCGGGAGGGGGGCCGAGCAUCCACUCGGGAUCGCAAGAUGCUCAAGUUUAUCAGCGGCAUCUUCACCAAGAGCACAGGGGGGCCUCCUGGUUCCGGGCCCCCUCCUGGACCCUCAGGCCUGUCUUCUGGCAGCGGGUCCAGGGAGCUGCUGGGCACAGAGCUCCGCACCUCCCCUAAGGCUGUGGUCAAUAGCCAGGAAUGGACUUUGAGUCGCUCCAUUCCUGAACUGCGCCUGGGUGUGCUGGGUGACGCCAGGAGUGGGAAGUCAUCGCUCAUCCAUCGAUUCCUGACCGGUUCAUACCAGGUGCUGGAGAAGACAGAGAGUGAGCAGCACAAGAAAGAGAUGUUGGUAGACGGACAGACUCAUCUGGUGUUGAUCCGAGAGGAAGCUGGGGCACCUGAUGCCAAGUUCUCAGGCUGGGCAGAUGCUGUGAUCUUGGUCUUCAGCCUGGAGGAUGAGAAUAGUUUCCAGGCCGUGAGCCGUCUCCACGGGCAGCUGAGCUCCCUCCGGGGGGAGGGACGAGGAGGCCUGGCGCUGGCACUGGUGGGGACACAAGACAGGAUCAGUGCUUCCUCCCCUCGUGUUGUGGGCGACGCUCGUGCCAGAGCUCUGUGUGCGGAUAUGAAACGCUGCAGCUACUACGAGACUUGUGCAACCUAUGGCCUCAACGUGGACCGGGUCUUCCAGGAGGUGGCCCAGAAGGUGGUGACCUUGCGCAAACAGCAACAGCUUCUGGCUGCCUGCAAGUCCCUACCCAGCUCCCCAAGCCACUCAGCUGCUUCCACCCCCGUAGCUGGGCAGGCUAGUAACGGGGGCCACACUAGCGACUACUCUUCUUCCCUCCCGUCCUCACCCAAUGUCGGUCACCGUGAGCUCCGAGCUGAGGCCGCUGCGGUGGCUGGACUGAGCACCCCCGGGUCUCUGCACCGGGCAGCCAAGCGCAGGACCAGCCUUUUCGCGAACCGUCGGGGCAGUGACUCUGAGAAGCGGAGCUUGGACAGUCGGGGAGAGACAACAGGGAGUGGGCGAGCCAUCCCCAUUAAACAGAGCUUCCUACUAAAGCGAAGUGGCAACUCCUUGAACAAAGAAUGGAAGAAGAAAUAUGUGACCCUGUCCAGUAACGGUUUCCUACUUUACCACCCCAGCAUUAACGACUACAUCCAUAGUACCCAUGGCAAGGAGAUGGACUUGCUACGAACAACAGUCAAAGUCCCUGGCAAGCGCCCCCCACGAGCCAUCUCUGCUUUUGGCCCCUCGGCCAGCAUCAAUGGGCUGGUCAAGGACAUGAGCACUGUCCAGAUGGGCGAAGGCCCUGAAGCCACUACUCCCACCCCAAGCCCAAGCCCCAGCCCCAGUUCCCUGCAGCCACCACCAGACCAGACAUCCAAGCACCUGCUGAAACCAGACCGGAACUUGGCCCGAGCCCUCAGCACUGACUGUACGCCAUCCGGAGACCUGAGCCCCCUGAGUCGGGAGCCUCCUCCUUCUCCUAUGGUGAAGAAGCAGAGGAGGAAAAAACUGACAACACCGUCCAAGACUGAAGGCUCGGCAGGGCAGGCUGAAGCCAAGCGCAAAAUGUGGAAACUAAAAUCCUUUGGUAGUUUAAGAAAUAUUUAUAAAGCAGAGGAAAAUUUCGAGUUCUUGAUCGUGUCCAGCACUGGCCAGACGUGGCACUUUGAGGCAGCCAGUUUUGAGGAGCGGGAUGCCUGGGUCCAGGCGAUCGAAAGUCAGAUCCUAGCCAGUCUGCAAUGCUGUGAGAGCAGCAAGGUCAAGCUACGCACAGACAGCCAAAGCGAAGCCGUGGCUAUCCAGGCGAUUCGGAACGCCAAGGGGAACUCCAUCUGCGUGGACUGCGGGGCCCCCAACCCCACGUGGGCCAGCUUGAACCUGGGCGCACUCAUCUGCAUCGAGUGUUCUGGCAUUCACCGGAACCUGGGAACACACCUGUCCCGCGUUCGCUCCCUGGACUUGGACGACUGGCCGCGGGAGCUGACCCUGGUGCUGACGGCCAUUGGCAACGACAUGGCCAACAGUGUGUGGGAGAGCGACACGCGGGGCCGAGCCAAACCCACGCGGGAUUCCUCGCGGGAGGAGCGGGAGUCAUGGAUUCGGGCCAAGUACGAGCAGCUGCUGUUCCUGGCGCCGCUGGGCACGUCGGAGGAGCCGCUGGGCCGCCAGCUGUGGGCCGCAGUGCAGGCCCAGGACGUGGCUGCCGUUCUCCUGCUUCUGGCCCAUGCGCGACACGGGCCGCUCGAUACCAGCGUAGAGGACCCGCAGCUUCGCUCCCCACUUCACCUGGCAGCCGAGCUCGCCCACGUUGUCAUCACGCAGCUGCUGCUGUGGUACGGAGCCGACGUGGCAGCCCGGGACUCCCAGGGCCGCACCGCGCUGUUCUACGCUCGCCAGGCUGGAAGCCAGCUGUGCGCAGACAUCCUUCUCCAGCACGGCUGCCCGGGAGAGGGCGGCAGCACAGCCACCACGCCCAGCGCAGCCACCACUCCCAGCAUUACCGCCACGCCCAGCCCCCACCGCCGGAGCAGCGCUGCCAGCAUGGGUCGCGCCGACGCCCCUGUCGCGCUGGUAUAGUUGCCCAGCGGUACAGACGUCCCCACUCCUUCACGGGCCGGGCACGACCGCACUGGGUGGACCGCUGGACAGAUGCACCCACUCACCUCUCCAAUCCGCACCCCACCCCAUGGGAGCAUUUCUUCCCCCCACGAGGGCACAGCCCCCACGCCUCCUAGGAGACACAAACUCACCUCCCUCUCCCCAAGAAGGCAUGGAGAUCCCAGCUCAAUACGCCCCCUUGCCACUGUUUUCACACUGGGAUUGCUCUGGGUCUACCUACUUGGUGUUUGAGGAAGGGGACCCGGCGCUUGCCUGCUCCUGGGCCAACUAUGCCCACUCGCGCCCCCUAAGGGCGGGCUGGGGUGGGAGGAAGAUCGAGUCCUGCCUGUGCUUGACAAUCGCUAGGCAGGAGCACCUACCCAGGCUGGCUCCUGGGGCGACGCCAAGCCAGAGGGAGGGCUUAACAUGUGGGAGGGCUAGCCCCGGGACGUGGGGCCAAUACGGGGACCCCACCCUUCCACGCUAAUCUCACUGCCCAGUGAAGGGGGAAGGGCAGCGAGGGGCAGGACCCCUGCUGCCCAUGAGGGGUAGGGGGGUCCCCAACCCUUUCCGUGAAAGGGACCAUGAGGAGUGGAUAUCAAGACGUCCCCCCAAACCCACCCAUGGAUGGAAGCUAAAGGGCUGGGGGAGCCAAGAGCCUGGGUCCCUCCUCACUACUAUCUGAGGAGGGAGAAGGGAUGGAGUAGGAGCGGGCUAAGGGGACUGG